AUGAGGAUUGCCGAAUUGGAAGUCUGCAGAGCAGGCCAACAGGCUGGAGACUUAGUUGACUGCUGGGAUGGCCCAGAUGGAGAGCCAGUGGUACACGAUGGCUAUACUCUCACUUCAAACAUCCUCUUCAGAGAUGUUGUGGAGACCAUCAACAAGCAUGCCUUUGUGAAGAAUGAGUUCCUGGUCAUUCUCUCUAUCGAGAAUCACUGCAGCAUCCAGCAGCAAAGGAAGAUAGCUCAGUACCUGAAAGGAAUAUUCCGAGACAAGCUGGACCUGUCGUCUGCAGACACAGGAGAGACCAAGCAGCUGCCAAGCCCUCAAAGUCUGAAAGGCAAAAUCCUAGUGAAAGGCAAGAAGUUGCCAUAUCAUCUUGGGGAUGAUGCAGAGGAAGGGGAAGUCUCCGAUGAAGAUAGUGCAGAUGAAAUUGAAGAUGAGUGCAAGUUCAAGCUCCACUAUAAUAAUGGGACUACUGAGCACCAGGUGGAAUCUUUCAUAAGGAAAAAACUGGAGUCACUGUUAAAAGAAUCUCAAAUUCGAGACAAAGAAGAUCCUGAUAGUUUCACAGUGCGCGCGCUACUGAAGGCCACACAUGAAGGCUUAAAUGCACACCUGAAGCAGCACCCAGAUGUGAAAGAAAGUGGAAAGAAAUCACAUGGACGGUCUCUCAUGACCAACUUUGGAAAACAUAAGAAAACCACAAAAUCACGGUGUAAGUCUUAUAGUACUGAUGAUGAGGAGGACGCACAGCAGAAUCCAGGCAAGGAGACUGGCCAGCUGUACAGGCUGGGUCGCCGAAGGAAAACCAUGAAGCUCUGCCGAGAGCUCUCUGAUUUGGUUGUGUAUACAAACUCCGUGGCAGCCCAGGACAUUGUGGAUGAUGGAACCACAGGAAAUGUGUUAUCAUUCAGUGAAACAAGAGCACAUCAGGUGGUUCAGCAGAAAUCAGAGCAGUUCAUGAUUUAUAACCAAAAGCAGCUCACGAGGAUUUACCCCUCCGCCUACCGCAUUGACUCCAGUAACUUCAAUCCCCUGCCCUACUGGAACGCUGGUUGCCAGCUAGUGGCGCUGAACUACCAGUCUGAAGGACGAAUCAUGCAGUUAAAUCGAGCCAAAUUCAAGACAAAUGGCAACUGUGGCUAUGUCCUCAAACCCCAGCAAAUGUGCAAAGGUACUUUCAACCCUUUCUCUGGUGAUCCACUUCCUGCCAACCCCAAAAAGCAGCUCAUCCUGAAAGUGAUCAGUGGACAGCAGCUCCCCAAACCUCCAGACUCCAUGUUUGGAGACCGAGGCGAGAUUAUUGAUCCUUUUGUUGAAGUUGAAAUUAUUGGAUUACCAGUGGAUUGUUGUAAAGAUCAAACCCGUGUAGUAGAUGACAAUGGAUUUAACCCUGUGUGGGAAGAAACCCUGACAUUUACAGUGCACAUGCCAGAAAUAGCUUUAGUUCGGUUCCUUGUGUGGGACCAUGAUCCUAUUGGACGAGAUUUUGUUGGGCAAAGAACUGUGACCUUCAGCAGCUUAGUGCCUGGCUACCGGCAUGUCUAUUUGGAAGGACUGACAGAAGCAUCCAUAUUUGUCCACAUAACAAUCAAUGAAAUCUAUGGAAAGUGGAGCCCUUUAAUACUCAACCCCAGUUAUACUAUAUUGCACUUUCUAGGAGCUACAAAGAACAGACAGCUCCAAGGUCUGAAGGGAUUAUUCAACAAGAAUCCCAGGUGUGGUUCUUCAGAAAACAAUUCCCAUUAUGUUCGGAAACGAUCCAUUGGAGAUAGAAUUCUGCGACGCACAGCCAGUGCUCCGGCCAAAGGCAGAAAAAAGAGCAAAAUGGGCUUCCAGGAUAUGGUAGAGAUAAAGGAUUCUGUGUCUGAGGCUGCAAGAGAUCCAGAUGGCAUCCUGCGGAGGACCACACGGAGCUUGCAAGCGCGCCCUGUCUCUAUGCCUGUGGACAGAAGUCUUCUGGGGGCUCUGUCACUGCCUGUUUCUGAAAUUGCCAAAGACACUGAUGGAAAAGAAAACUCUCUAGCAGAAGAAAAGGAUGGCAGAAGAAAAGGGAAGGCAAGUAUAAAAGACCAACAUUUUCCAUAUUUCACCAAAAAGUUAUCCUCUUCCUCUAGUGCUCUCCUCCACAAAGAUACCAGCCAAGGGGACUCUGCUGUUUCUUUUGUCAGUGUGUCAAUCACAAGAGAACAACUGGGAGUGCCAGGUCCUAAUGGGGGGAGAGUCAAACCAAAUGUGUCAAGUUGCCAGGAACACCAGUGCCCCAACAAAUCCCUGUCUCCGAGGCAGCAUUCAGCUCUUGAUUGUGCAGUUAACCUAACCAAGGAAAAUGGAAAUGCUGGGAACUUUGUGGUAGGGAAAAGCACCUUGACAGGAAGCAUCCUUUCUCAAAGCAAUAUGGAGAUUAAGAACCUGGAAGGCAAUUGGGGUAAGGGCAGAGCUUCAACAUCCUUUUCUUUGUCAGAUGUCUCUACACUCUGUUCCAACAUACCUGACUUGCACUCUACUGCCAUUCUGCAGGAGAGUCAGAUUUCCCAACUUAUUGACAAUGUCACUUUAACAAAUGAGAAUGAGCCAGGCAGUUCCAUCUCAGCACUGAUUGGCCAGUUUGAUGAGGCCAGUGAUCAGGCUGACCUCACAGUUGUUUCUCAUCUUCAUGGCACCAGUGUGAUGCCAGGCCAUCCUCCCUUGCCCACACUGGACCCAGAAAUGCCCUUCAAGCCUGGCUUUCCCAAGGAAAAACCCAAGUCAUCCCUCCUGUGCUCAUCUCCCAAGCUGACUGCAUUCUCGAGCCCCGAGACCACCAAACGCUCAUCACACACAGUUGUUUGUGCAACUGCUUGCACUCCUGUCUCUAAAACCAAACCCAAUGACAACCUUUCUGGUAAGGCCAAGACCAGGGCCAUGGAAAGCAACCAGCCUCAUUUCUCCAAUACUUCUCAUUGCUGGUUACCACAAAGUCUCAUGAAUGGAAAAGAAUGGGCAAUAGUGAAGAAUCAAAGCCCUACCAUGUCCACUGACUUGACACUGGAAGGUAUAAUCGCUGACCCCACCCUCUGCUUAAAUUCUGGAGAGAGCAGUCUCGUGGAAAUGGAUGGAGACUCAGAAAAUCUGUCUAUAACAACCUGUGAAUACAGGAGAGAGGGCAUAAGUCACCUCUCUUCUCCUUUAAAAGUGAAAUACAGUCAGGAUGUGGUGGAACAUUUUCAGAGAGGUCUGAGAAAUGGAUACUGUAAAGAGACUCUCCACCCUUCAGUCUCUGAAGUAUUCAAUAAUAUUCAAGAUGUCAAAAAUCAAAGUAUUUCUUGUCUAGUCUUUCAGGGUGCUGGUAUUAUUCAUAACAAUUUCUCAAAUUCAGAUGCAAAAAUGAACCAGACCUGUGCACCCCUGUGUAGUGCUCCAGAUAUGCAUGCCCCUGUACCUGUGCCAUCCACACAUCCUCCUCUGCCUACUCUGAAGCUGCCCAGUCCUUGCAAAUCCAAAAGUCUGGGGGACCUAACAUCAGAGGACAUUGCCUGCAAUUUUGAAAGCAAGUACCAGUGUAUUAGUAAGAGUUUUAUUACAACUGGCAUUAGAGAUAAGAAGGGUGAGACUAUAAAAACGAAGUCACUAGAGUCUAAAGAUGCCCUGACUGAGCAGCUGCGGAAGCUGGUGUCCUUUGACCAAGAAGAUGACUGCCAAGUGCUGUAUUCAAAGCAGGACACCAGUCAACUCCCCAGGGCUCUGGUCAGAAAGUUGUCAUCCAGAAGCCAGAGCAGAGUGCGCAAUAUUGCCAGUCGUGCCAAGGAAAAGCAAGAAGCCAACAAGCAAAAGAGUGUGAACCCCAGCCACGUAGGAGGAGUGGUUCUCCGAAACAAGCCCUCUGCACCCCCGCUGGCGGGGAACCGGCACUCCACCGGCUCAUACAUCGCAGGCUAUCUGAGGAGCGCCAAAGGUGGGGGCCUAGAGGGUCGGGGCCUCCCUGAGGGGGCGUGCGCUGCCCUGCGCUCCAGCUAUGUCGACCAGUUUUGUUCAGAUACUUCUGUUUUGCAGACUGAAGGAAGCAGUGAUGAUAAACCAGAAAUUUAUUUUCUUUUGAGACUGUGAAUUAUAUACAGCUACAUUUUCAAUGUUUACAAGGUAUUCUGUAGAGUUGUCAGUUUUCAGCUUUCAGUAAAUAUGGUCCUUGGCUUUGAAAUGAUUUUAAAUGUAUUUUUAAACUUGUACUUUGGUCUCCCUUUGAACUCCGUGUGUUCUUCCUGUUUAUGUGUUUGUAUAUAGAUUUGGAUGACAUUUCCCACAUAGUAUGAUCUUUCUCCCCUGAGGCAAAAACUCUGUUGGUAUGAAAUGUGUGCAUGCCCUAGAUGUGAAACUUCUCAGCAGCUUGGGUUAUGGUGUCCCUGUGUUUCACCAAGAUGCUCUUUACUGUGUGUCCUCAGAUCACAGUCACAAAUGUAGUCAUUUAUACUCUAACCCUUGAGUUAAUUAAGAGACUUUGCAAAGGAUGAAGGGAUGGAUUCUUUAUUUUAAAGCCAUUGUCACCUUUCCUAAAUUUCCUUCUUUAUUGAGAAGCCCAGAUACAUUUUUAUAAUUCAGUUAGAAGAUUAAAAUAGGUACUUUAUUACCUUUUAAGAUUUCUCCACUGCACCCCACCCGUAAUGAGAGUUCAAGGAGAUUCAUAGCUGCUCCUCUAUACCCUCUCAUUUUAGAGUAGGCUGUGAGGGCAUGAGGAAUGAAGCAAACUUCUGUAUAUAAGAACAAAACUGUUUGUUUUACAUAAAUUUUGUUACAUAUUUUUGCUAAUGGCUUUGUAUGUAACAAGAACAUAGUUGCCAAGCUCUUUGUUGUACUUUUGAAUAUUCUGAUUAAAUUACAGACUGCUGAUAAUGACUUUCAGAAUGAGGGACUUCCAUGUUAGUGACAAUAGUUGCACAGACUGAAAACUUUCCCCAAAGCUUUCAAGAAAAAAAUAUAUUUUCACAUUAUAAAAUCCAAGUGAAGAGAUAGUUAGAAGAAAUCUUUUUCCUUCAGGGAACCGAGUAACUAUUUUAGUACCAACAUACAUUAUUCUCACUGUGAAUCCAUUUUUUAAUUGCAUGUUCAGAUAUCCCUCUUUGCUUUUUUGUAACAUUAAUUGCAAUGAUGGUCUUCUUGGAAUUCAUGGAAAUACAAUUA